AUGCAAGCAGCUCUAUUCCGACACAACCAAACCAAACAGCCCACAUAUGAACCAUUUGGCGCUACCGCGAUGAACCCCAUAGAGAUGAUGACCCCCGGGUCCUUUACCGACGCCACUACACCUCCUGUCGACGCUACCACUAUGAACCCAAUGGAGAUGAUGACACCCAAGUCGUUUACCGGUGGAGAGAGUCCUUCUAUGGCUUCCAUCAAGGAAGAGCCCUCAACACCCUCAUCAGACUCAACUUCCCAGAAGAAGCCCACCAAGAAGCGCAAGUCCUGGGGUCAGGUCCUCCCUGAGCCCAAGACAAACCUCCCUCCUAGGAAACGGGCCAAGACCGAAGAUGAAAAGGAGCAGCGUCGUGUCGAGCGUGUUCUCCGUAACCGCCGCGCCGCCCAGUCUUCCCGUGAACGCAAGAGGCUCGAGUCCGAAGCCCUCAUGAAGAGGAACAAGGAGCUCGAGAACCAGCUUGGCGAGCUUCAGAGGACCAACAUGUUGCUCGCCAACGAGCUUGCCCAGUACCGACGCACCUAUGGAAUUGUUACUCGAUCUUCCUCUCCCCUGGACUCCCUUCGAGAGAACGCUGUUACCCUGUCACCAGAGCUCUUUGGCUCUCAGAACGCCACUGGCAUGGUCGAUGUCAUGACACCCCCACACGCCACUGUCAACCCUGCGUCUCUCUCCCCCAGCCUUUCUCCGGUAACCGACUCUGCCGCGACCCCCGUGAAGGAGGAGCCGUCUAUGGAUGUGACUACCUGUGAACUGACCCCUAGCACCUCUCCCGACCUGGCACAACAUCCUGCUGAGAUGUUGUCUAUCGACCUGCAGUUCGCCAACCUUGACGGCGCCAACAUCGGGUUGGCUCCGGCAGCUUCGGAUGAUGUCGCUUUUAGCCUCGGUGAUUCUUACGACUCUUCCUCUGACGCUGACCGAUUCGUCCUCGAAAACGGUCUCGUCAAGAAUGGUCUCUUCGAUUCUCCUUGCUCUUCAAACCUCAGCGAGGACUACCUCCUCGACUACCCCUCUCCUUCGUCCAACAUCUACGACGACUUCGACAUUAGCCAGUUCUUCGUCGACGACGCAACCACGGCCGCUUCGGAACCUCUGUCAUCUUGUGACUUCUCCGCUGCGAACCACGCCCUCGAGCCCAAGGUCCAUGAUCUUGUGUCUCCAGUCUCUUAG